GGGGGGGUGGCUGGGGCAAGAGGACAGGAAGGUCUAGAGGAAAAGUUCCUUACCCGGGCAACUUCCUAAGGGACUAGUCCCAAUUAAGGAAUACUGGAGCACACAUAGCUCAGAGCAAUGCACCGUUUAAUGAACAGGGGAGACUGACGUUCCUACGACCUUUUCCUCAGGGACAAGAAGGACGGGACGUGUUUGUGAAAGGGAGCUGGGUCACUGCUUAAUGCAGCUUCCCCUUCACCAGGUCCCCAUUAGAGUGUCCUAACCGAGGCUAUCUGAGGCCAUUACACUCAAAGCUCACUGUCUGGCACAUUUUAAGGGAACUUCCUGAUCUGUCUGUGUGUGUGUGUGUGUGUGUGAGUCACAAAUGUGUGUCACCCAGUGAUCUGCGUGUGCGUGCGUGUGUGUGUGUGAGUUAAACCGAGUCAGGAUUAUCUGCGAGAGCUGAAAUUCUUGCGGUCAUUUAGAUUAGGGCUGCGUGCUCAGAUCCUGUAGGAGAUAAAAAUGGACUUCCCCUCACACAAAAGAUUCUGCAUUCCACAGAUACCUUGCUUUUUCAUGCUGGAGCUUGAUCUUCUUUGUGGCAAUCAGUUGCGUGGCAGUUGGGUCAUCACCAGUUUAAUUUACCAGGCCCAUAACAAUGAGUCAGACUGCAUUAGCAUGGGUACGUCCUAGCUGGCUGCAAAACCUUUCAGUGUAGCCAGGGUUUUCAAACGGAACGCCUAGAACCUGGGAUUGUCAAACGGAAUCCCAGGGGCUGCCGCAGUGUCUGCAGGUUUUUGUGUUUUCCUUCCGGUCAGCUUGUCAAUUAAUGCCUCGAGGAGAAGGUGUGUGGAUUCCUUAGCCAAUCAAUCACUUAAAUGAAAGGUUGCCAGUCAAGAUUGCAGGAAACCUGGGCUAGAUAAGUUUUCCAGGCACUCUAUCAGCAAUUGAGCAGCUGGCAUUGCGUCUACAUACUCCUAACUGAGAUGUUCCACUUCACUGCAAGUGUGUGUUAACGACAUGCCUCUCCAUUGUGUGAUAUCCCCUUCCGUCCUAUUUCUUCUUCAUGUGUUUCUUCUUAUUUUUCAUUUAUACAUUUGUUCCUCUCGUAUCUUUGUCUUUCUGCACACCCUGUCUUUGACCGCGAGCACCUCUCCUCUCACACUCUUGUUCUCAUCAUUCUGAAUAAUUGUGCUGUGUCUUUUGUUUUUUUUUUUACUUCCCCUUCCUCUCUGUUUCCUUGUUUUUUUCUCUUCCCCUUUUUCUUCCCCUUCUUUGUUUUUGCAUCUAUUUCUAUAUCUCUUUGUCUCUCUGUUCUUUAUUUCUGUUUCCGCCAUUAUCCCCUCUGUCUCUUUCUUUCUUUUUCUGUUAUGUUCUCUCUCUCUCCCCUCUCCUUCCCUUCCAUCUGCCCGUAGCCCCCAGUGCAACGCCGUGCUGUACUGCUCUGACCGGUGUUCUGAAAUUGACCAAUCGCGCUGCCCGGAGGACUCCAGCCACCAGCACUGGUGCAAGAAGCUGGCGCAGUGCCUGAGGCGAGGGGCGGAGCUAGCUGACCUGCCCUUCACGUACACUCCAGAGGUGACAGGGGAGGACUUUGAGAUGGAGCGCUUCCUGACUCAGAACAGGCUAGACCACGGGUACUGGGUUCACUGGAGCCUGCUGGUGCGCUCCCCGCACUUUCUGCUACAUUCUGAGAUGGACCAUUCCGGAGAGAGCUCCCCCACAUGGUUGACAGGUCAUGCUGAUCCGUAUGGGCCCUUGAGAGCAGAAUCGGACAUCUUGCUGUCCUGUCCUGGCAAGGGCCCCCGUGCCCCCAGCCUGACCGCCCCACUGGUGUGCUGGCUGCAGUACUGUAAGUGGCGAGGUCUCAGCCUCUCCUCCCCAGUGGCGGCUCUGCUCAGCUCCCCUCUGUCCAUCUACUACAUCAUGACAUCGCUGGUCCCGCGAGACUUUCCUGAACUGAACAUCCUGAAGAAGAAGUCUUUGAAGAUCCACAUCAUCGAGUCCAACAGAGAAUUCCAGUCCCUCUUGGUUUUCUGGGAGUUGGCCAUGCUCCUCCCGCACGUGACCUUUGAACUCUUGUUCAUCGGGGAGGGGCUGCCUCAGGAGUGCGACGAGCAACAGUUUCUUCUGCAGCAGAAGGGAGACCGAUUAGCCCUUGUGUGCCCAAGCUUCGCCCAAGAGGACGGCGUGGGCAAGAGGAGCAUCCGGGUCAGAGGUUACCGAAGGGCCUAUCACAUGCUGCAGGGCCCCAAACCGGAUCUGGUGAUUGGUUUCAGGCCAGCCUUUCGCCUGCAUGACUUCUGGCUCAGUACUCUCCCCAGGCUGCAGUCCCUGAAGGUGCCCGCCUACUUCUGCGAGGACAACGAGCUGAGCUGCGUGUGCAGCCAGCAGGUGAUGGGCGCGGCCACCGGGGGCGCCCUCUCCCCCCCGCACAUCAACCCCUUCCACUCCCCGCUGCGCGUGGCGAGGGGAGACAACAGACUGCCCUGGUAUUCCAACGCGUUCGUUUUCCACCUCAUCUACAAGACGGUCGCCGCCUGCCCGCAGCGCGUUCCCCUCGCCCGCCCCCGGCCGUGCGACCCCGCCCAGCCGCUGCCGCCGGCCAAUCAGAAGCCGCCCGCCGAGGGGUCCAAGAUGACGCGCAAGGAGAGGAAGCAGGCCGCGCGCAACAUCCCGCGAAAGCGCAAAUGACCUCCUCCGCGUCCCGUGGCGGCGGGUCAUGUGAUCGCGCCCGCGGGUCAUGUGAUCGCGCCCGCGUCACACACCUCACCCCGCGGACUCAGAGAGAGAGAGAGCGCGCGUGCGCUCGUAGUCUGGAGAAGUGACUGCUUGUAUAAUGUCUUCGCCCCUAAAUGACACGUGCGCCACGCUAACUCAAUUAAUUAAUUAGUGGCGUCAGACUAACGGCACCUUAAGAAAAACAAACGACGAUGAGAGUAUUCGUGACGUUCAUGUGAAUGAAAAUGUGAAAUACAAACAUGCUGUGGAAUUCA